AGAGCUGCCUUCAGCCCACCACAAUCACAGCAGCGCUCUCAGGAUACUGACGGGCGGCAUCUCAGAGAAGGACAAGUGUUUAAGAUGAAGUGCCUACUCCUGCUCAUUCUCCUGGGGCUGGGAACCUUGUGCACCUCCAGAGGCGUUGAUUCUGUGGAGAAUAACUCUGAUGUUGCAGAUUCCACAGAAAAUGAGACCCACUCUGACGACUCAGCCUCUGCGCAAGUGACACGCAACGUCAAAAAUGGCCCAUUCCUUGAGAAAACAAAGGCCAACUCUAUGAUGAAGAGACACAAAAGAGAAUACCCUAAUUACUACGAAAGGCUCCGUGAACAGUACUACAAGACACCGUACGAGAGGCGCAAGGAGAGCUGCGAGUCUUACUACCCCUGCGAUAUACUGGCAAAUCGCAUUGGAUACAGAAAUGCCUACAGACAGUACUUCGGGGACUAUUAUUAGGCAGCCCUUCACAACACUACACACAAUGUCAAAUUCACGGGAUAAAGUGUUCAAGCAGCGAUCUGGGAUCACAAAGCGGAUGACUUGGAGGUGCCACACGACAUCACACGCCAGCAGCCUUCAGAGAAAACAAACGCUUCUUUAAUCAAUCUCCCUCCCCACCUUAAAACCGGCCUUAAGACCUGACCUUUCUUCUCAACUGCACAUUUGGUCA